UUCUUUUAUACUGUGACAGAGGUAGUUCCAAUUUUAGAGUUGGCCUAUCACAGUAGAGGCUUAGCGUGGUUUAAACUUGCUAGCCUAUCGGUGGUGUCCAGACUGGUCCCAGCCCCACAGCACUCGGGAUUCAGAUGUCCGGAAUGGUGUUUGUGAAGAUUGACAUGAGUUGUCGGUUUUUACACAUUCCUCAGUUCCUGUUUUCUUGUUAUUCAGCAUUUUUCCAUCUUGUCUCAACCUUGUGGUUUGCACAGUCGACACCCUAGAUUAACAACAGCUUUUCUGCAGUCACGCUAUGUUUUGUGAUUAACAUGUCCUAUUUCUAUAAGACAUAUAUUUUUGUUAAAAAGAGAACAAAACCAUCCUUAACAAUAGCCCCCUUACCUACCGAUCUAUAAAUUACGUCUCCGUAAUCUAGCAUGGGUAGGAUGGUCAUCUGAAUCAGGGUUAGUUUGGCAGCUGGGGUGAAAGAGCAGCGAUUACGAUAGAGGAAACAACGUCUAGACUUAACCUUAGCCUGCAGUUUUGAUAUGUGCUGAGAAAAUGUCUUAGCUGAUUUGAUUUGGCUACAUGUAAAUUGAACAACACAGCAGCUUUUUGGCAUGUUUUGUUAUUUCUGUUUUAGUUUCCUCUUUUACAAUGGGGAGUCAAUAUGAAAAACAAAAAUGGUAUUCGCCAAUUUGUGUGCGUGGUCGAGGCUGAAUUUUUGUAUUCUUACGUGGUUCCAAUCAACUGGCGGUACUACGUCUUGAAAUCGCUAUUAAUUCUGGAUAUUGUGGUUUUCUUACAACCAGGAAAUGUAGAUGGUCCGUUUCUACAGGUGACGCGAGAGGCGCCUUCUUUUCCCCGACGCAGUUAAGCCAAAACCACGCCCCGUUAUUCACAGGCGUUCUACAACACUUUGAGCCCUCUCCAAGUCCGGAAGUGACUUUCGGGUCACUGAUUUAAUAACAUGUACCCUUGUAUUUCAAGAUUGAAAAAUAUAAUAACAUAAUGUCGUGGACAGAGCUAGCCAUUAACAUCCCUUAACGCUCAAAGACAGAUUCAAUGGCUGGGAGCAUAGCGUGUUCGACUGAAUGAUUAGCUAAUAAAUAUUAGAGAAAUUAUGAAUAAUAAGUGCAAGAGAUAAAGCCAGUUUCAGGUUGGAUAUUCAACGAAUAUUCACCUGUAGUUUUCCUUACGUCCACCAACGGCAGUUAGUGACAUCGUGACAAAUCUAGAGUUUCACAUUUCAAUAGCUCUUUAACCAUUACUCCUAAAAUGUUCAAACCUGGUUAUAGCUAACCCGAUGGCAUAGACAUACAUUGCAUACCCUUUAGUUUGUCACGAACUUGUUCUCAACUAGCCUACCUGGUUAAAUAAAGGUGAAAUAAAUAAAUACAAAAUAUGGGUGUCUAUCCACUGUACGCUUCUUAGGUGUCUAAUUGACAUGACCAAGAAGCUAUUGAAAUGUAAGUCAAUGAAAAAUGUACGUUAUGUGUGUGAUUUUACAGUACACAAACAAGAGUGUGGCUAGUCCGUGGACAUUCUGAACCUUGUUUGAGUCAAGUAAGUCCCAUGACCAAGGAGCUAUUGAAAUUCGAAUGUUAAAAAUGUUUGUACUUUGUUUACGCUCCCUAACUAAUUAAUCUAUGAAUACAAAAUGCUGCUCACAUUUCCACGUGUUUAUUAGCUUUGGAAAGCGAAUUAUUGUCCAAAUCGUAAAAAUAAGACAUAACACCUGUGCAAUGGUGUGUGCAAUUUUUCCAACAUCAUGACACUUAUUUGGAGUCUGUGGCUCAAGUGGUUUGAAAACGCGAAUAUCCUAAACUGUCUUUACCUCGGUAGUUCUGAGACAUUUUUACAACUCAUUAAAACUCAAAAAAUAUCUCUGCGCUGAUCGCCUGCGAGUGAGACAACGUUAGCUAGCCAAUGGGAGGGUAGUAGAACGCCUCUCUGAAUAAUGGGGGUAGUUUUCGCUUAAGUGCGUUGGGAAAAAGAAAGACUCAGGUGAGAUACACAAACGCUCGUAUUUGCUCGUAGUAAGGAAACGAGUAACUUUUUACAACACAUAUUACAUUUUAUUGACAUAUUAAUGGCCAUAUACAGCGAAAGAGUAGCAGUGAAAUGUCCCUUUAAAUAGGCUGCAAAUGGCUGAAAUUAUUUUUAAUAGAAAGGCACUCCAAAAAAACUACAUAUACCACGAAACAGUCGACCGGAAAUGUAUUUAGGAUGCGGAAACACGUGCAACAGCGGAAGAGAAUGUAUACAAUGGAAAUCAAAAAAUCAAUUAAGUUAUGAAAACACCAUUAAUUGUCUUUCUUUGUCGCAGCUGCACAUUAAAAAAAUGGCGGAUAUCUAGACACAGUCAUUUAGAUCUCGUUUAUCCACGGAUACAUAGAGCGUUGAGUUACUGGAUGAAAACGGCUACAAACGAGAGGUUUAUUUAUGAUAUUUAGAACUACUGGAGAAGCACAGUUUCCUGGAAAGCAGCAUGAGCUGAUAGUUCCUGAGGUCUUCCAGAAGAGGUGGCAAAAGAGAGAGGCUGACCGGAAGAUGCCAAGAAAAAAACAACAGAAUCCUCAAUCUGUCAAGUUGGAUUCUGAAGAUGGUGUAGUAACCAUUGGAGCUCCAGGAAUCCUCACCUUGGAGGCAGAUUUCCUUCUGGGACACGACCUUGAGUUUUGUGACUCCGACCAUGACAAGAUCCUAGGCCUGGACGACAAGUACUCAGACUCUGUAGCAGCUGAGAUCUCUGUGUACCCUCUGGGUGAUGAGGAGAGUUGUGCCUUCAGCAGUCUCAGUAUGACGAGGCAGUGUGACCAGGAGCAGGGCCCUGAGUCCCAGCCCGACCACGAGCCCCCUUACCUGUCCUGCCGCGGCUGUGGUCUGGACCUAGUGGGACCCUACUGUCACCGUUGCUGCAAGGGAGAAAGGGGGGAAUUCAGAGGCUUUCGCUCCGGUUCGCGAUCACAAGCGGACGAUAGCGAGGAAGGGGACGGAGGCGGGAUGGACGGCGCUGAUGGAACGGACGAUAACUCCAUAAUGGGUGACGACGGUCCCAACUCCAAGCGCCACUCCUGCCAGUUGUGUGGGUUCUCCUCACGCUAUGCCAAUCACGUCAAGAGGCACAUGAAGACUCACAACGGGGAGAAGCCGUACCGCUGUCCCCUGUGUACCUACGCCUCAGCCCAGCUGGUCAACCUGAAGAGACACCUGAGGAUUCACACUGGGGAGAAACCAUACAGCUGUGACCGCUGCUCCUUCGCCUGCAGUUCCCUGGGCAACCUGAAGAGGCAUCAGAGGAUGCAUGUGGUGGGACAGGAAGCAGUCAGACCUGCUAGUCGACCUCCUAUUGGUCCCUCUGCAGGUGGGUAUGGUCUGAAGAGGCCCCGGGAGGAGGAGCCUAGUGCUCCAGCUGAAGAAGCCCUAAGGCCUGACCUGAACCUCCAUGUAGGAGGCCAUAACAGAGACUACCUGCCAUGCUCUGAUGGACUGAAGGUACCACCAGAACUCCCUGAGCACCAGCCCUCAAGACUUCUGGAGGCGCCUGACUGUGGACCUGGGGCUGAGUCCGGGGGUAGGGUUGGGGCUGUGGUGGGAGCGAAGUCCGAGGACAGAGAUUCGCUCCCUCCUCUCCCCUUCCUCUUCACCUGUCGUCUCUGUGGUAUCCCCAUGGAGGACGAGGACGGCUCCACCACCCAGAUCUGUGCCAAGUGCACCCUGGACAUGCUGAACAAGGACUCAUCUGGUCCCAACAGCCCCGGGGAGCGUGGGGAUAAGGUCUACACCUGCAGCGCCUGUCCCUUCCUCACCCACUACCCCAACCACCUGGCGCGACACAUGAAGACGCACAGCGGAGAGAAGCCGUACAAGUGCCCUCAGUGUGACUACGCCUCCGCCCACUUCGACAACCUGAAACGCCACCACCGCGUGCACACGGGCGAGAAGCCGUACAAGUGCCACCUGUGUGACUACGCCUGUGGGAACCUGGCUAACUUAAAACGCCACCAGCGGGUCCACUCAGGCGCCAAGCCGUUCCAGUGCGCAGUGUGUAGCUACAGCUGUAACCAGAGUAUGAAUCUGAAGAGACACAUGCUGAGACACACGGGAGAGAAGCCUUAUAAGUGCCAGCAAUGUGGAUACACCACGGGACACUGGGACAACUACAAACGACACCAAAAGAAACAUGGCCUCGCCACCGACGGAUGGGUCAAAGUUCAGAUGCCAGGUGCCCAUGAGGAAGAGGAGGAGGAGGAGGAAGAGAGGGAGGUGGGACAGCCACAGAGUAAAGAAGGAGAGUUGGUGAUGCAGUAUAUGUCCAGAUAAGGAGAGGAAGAGCUGGGACAUACAGUAUAUGUCCAGAUGAGGAAGAGCUGGGACAUACAGUAUAUGUCCAGAUGAGGAAGAGCUGGGACAUACAUUAACAUGUAAAUAAAAGAUCAAUCCUAGAUUGUUUUGUUAUUUUUGUCAAAGAUCUUCAGCGGCUGCUAUGUAGAAUCAUGCUAAAUCUAAAAUGAUUGUGAUUAUUCUGCCUUUGGACACAGAGUUGGACGGAGGGAGCUAUUUAGAUUGUUGUUGCCUGACAAAUGGACUGGGGGGGGAAUGUUCUACUUUAACGUUCCCCUAAAGCCCAAAAUGCUGCCUGCUUUGUCCACCAUAUGCUGUUUCCUUACACACACCAACUGUGCCCUACAGCUCCUCCAAACAUCACUGCACACUAUGACUUACAACCACUAAUUGACCUCUUCUUACAGAUGUAGGACCUUCAUUUGAACCAGUUUUGCUACAGCAGGAGAAUAAUCCUGCUGCAACAGGAAAUGUGGAUUAUAAUUCAUGGACAUUUUUGUAGGGGUUGGAUACAUUUUUCUUCAGGGCAAAUCAAGUCAAAUUUCAAAGUGGAAAGUCAAAUUUAGAAGCUUUAAAAAAUAAAAACUCAUACACUACAAGCAAGCUUGGAAAAUUGUCAGCAACAAAAGUAAUCAAAUUAAGAUCCUACAUCUGUAUCAGUUUAGUCUACUAUUCCAACCUCUCUACUGUCCACUUCACCUUCCAUAGCUCCUCCCUGCUCUCCUCCUCAACCCCUUAAUCCUUAUAUCUCCAUGACAACCUGGGGCGUGUUCAGCAGGGCACAGCGUUUUGGAACAUUUCUAUGUAGAACAAUUUAAUGUCUGCCCUAUUCAUGGUAUUUCUAUCUGCUACGUUCCAAAACAUCUGGCUACUGAACUUGGCGUCGUUGAGAAAGGCCCUCGGACGGAGAGUGUAUGGAUUUAGCCUGAUCCCAGAUCUGUUCCUGCUCUCUUGCUGAUCAACUGCUGUCAAUGACCAUAGGUGUUGGCAAGACUGCACAAACAGAUCUGGGACCAGAGGUGUAUACUAUAAAGCAGGAUCAGAGUUAGCCAGAGAACUUUGAUAAACAGCCAGAAAUAUAAACUUAGAUACACUACAUGACCAAAAGUAUGUGGACACCUGCUCGUCGAACAUCUCAUUCCCAAAUCAUGGUCAUUAAUAUGGAGUUGGUCCCCCCCCUUUACUGCUGUAACAGCCUCCACUCUUCUGGGAAGGCUUUCCACUAGAUGUUGGAACAUUGCUGCGGGGACUUGCUUCCAUUCAGUCACAAGAGCAUUAGUGAGGUCGGGAACUGAUGUUGGGCGAUUAGGCCUGGCUCGCAGUCGACGUACCAAUUCAUCCCAAAAGUGUUCGAUAGGGUUGAGGUCAGGGCUCUGUGCAGGCCAGUCAAGUUCUUCCACACCGAUCUCAACAAACUAUUUCUGUAUGGACCUUGCUUUGUGCACGGGGACAUUGUCAUGCUGAAACAGGAAAGGGCCUUCCCCAAACUGUCACAAAGUUGGAAGCACAGAAUCGUCUAGAAUGUCAUUGUAUGCUGUAGCAUUAAGAUUUCCCUUCCCUGGAACUAAGGGGCCCGAACCAUGAAAAACAGCCCCAGACCAUUAUUCCUCCUCCACCAAACUUUACAGUUGGCACUAUGCAUUGGGGCAGGUAGCGUUCUCCUGGCAUCCGCCAAACCCAGAUUUGUCCGUUGGACUGCCAGUUGAUAAGCGUGAUUCAUCACUCCAGAGAACGCAUUUCCGCUGCUCCUGAGUCCACUCCUGACGAAGCUUGGCAUUGCGCAUAGUGAUCUUAGGCUUGUGUGCGGCUGCUCUGCCAUGGAAACCCAUUUCAUGAAGCUCCCAACAAAACAGUUAUUGUGCUAACGUUGCUUCCAGAGGCAGUUUGGAACUUGGUAGUGAGUGUUGCAACCGAGGACAGAUGCUUUUUAAGCGCCUCAGCACUCGGUGGUCCUGUUCUGUGAGCUUGUUUGGUCUACUACUUUGUGGCUGAGCUGUUGCUGAUCCAAGACAUUUCUGGUUCACAAUAACAGCACUUACAGUUGACCGGGGGCAGCUCUAGCAGGGCAGAAAUUUGAUGAACUGACUUGUUAGAAAGGUAGCAUCCUAUGACGGUGCCACGUUGAAAGUCACUGAGCUCUUCAGUAAGGUCAUUCUACUGCCACUGUUUGUCUAUGGAGAUUGCAUGGCUGUGUGCUUGAUUUUAUACAACUGUCAGCAACAGUGUGGCUGAAAUAAUAUCCGAAUCCACUCAUUUGAAGGAGUGUCCACAUACUUUGUGUGUGUGUAUAUAUAAUUAUUUUUGGGGUUGUUGAGUCAGAGUAGACCAUUCCCAUUUCAAGUUGAACUUUCCCCCCAAAAAAUACAAAUAAACAAUUUUCUGAAUAUUUAAGGAAAGUUGUAGUAGAAACUCUCAGGCUAGUGUAGUGCGUUGCUUUGGAAACGCUCAGGCUAGUGUAGUGCGUUGCUUUGGAAACGCUCAGGCUAGUGUAGUGCGUUGCUUUGGAAACGCUCAGGCUAGUGUAGUGCGUUGCUUUGGAAACGCUCACUGUGUUCAUAUUAACUGUGAAGGCCAUUUUUGUUAUGUCCUCCUGUUUGUUUCUACUUGAAGAAGCAAGUAUGCUUCCCAAAUGCACCCUAUUUCCUAUGGGCCCUGGUCUAAAGUAGUGCACUACAUAAGGAAUAGGGUGCCAUAGGGCUCUGGUCUAAAGUAGUGCCCUAUAAAUGGAAUAGGGUGCCAUAGGGCUCUGGUCUAAAGUAGUGCCCUAUAAAUGGAAUAGGGUGCCAUAGGGCUCUGGUCUAAAGUAGUGCCCUAUAAAUGGAAUAGGGUGCCAUAGGGUUCUGGUCUAAAGUAGUGCCCUAUAAAUGGAAUAGGGUGCCAUAGGGUUCUGGUCUAAAGUAGUGCACUAUAAAUGGAAUAGGGUGCCAUAGGGCUCUGGUCUAAAGUAGUGCCCUAUAAAUGGAAUAGGGUUCUGGUCUAAAGUAGUGCCCUAUAAAUGGAAUAGGGUGCCAUAGGGCUCUGGUCUAAAGUAGUGCCCUAUAAAUGGAAUAGGGUGCCAUAGCCCGAGACGACGUGUAGUAAAGUGUCAACUGAAUAUAUAUAUAUAUAUAGCGUUUAUUUUGUUUACGUGACUAUUCUCAUUAGAAGUGCAUCUCUUAUUUGUUUUAUAACUAUUUUCCCCUUAAUCUUGAAUGUGUGAUGUGCCAUGAAGCUUGUUAUACGGGAGAAAUAUACAUAAUUACCAUGAACUUUACAUCUUAUCAAGUCGAUUUGUUACUAUAUGCAGUAAAACAAAUAUCAGGUUGUUAACGAAAUGAUGGAUAAUCUUAAAUGCAUUGAUUAGUCUAGCCUGGAGCCACAUUUCUUGUGAUGGGGUUGGGGUCCAUUUCAGAAGUAAACAGAUUCAAAAGGAUAAUUGGAAUUUCACUUUCAAUUUGAAAUGGAAUUCAUCCCAACCCUGGCAGAAUGUACUUUACCCCACCCCCCUCUGUGUGUAGAAGGUGAGACGUCUUGUGUGUGAGCAUUAAGACAGACGUGUGUGUGUGUGGCGCUUAAGGCUAUGUCCAGCCCUACCUAUCUACGGUCCAAGUGUAACUCUUGUUCUGAUGGUUUCAUACUUGCCUUAAGUAUCUUGAAAUAAACACGAUGUGUUCACUCA